CUGAAAAUGCCAAGUUGGGGGCUGGGAUAUAAAUCCCUACUCUGGGCACCUGGCCCUUUGCUUUCCUUCCUGAGUCUCUCUCUGCCAUCUGGUGUGAUCCAAGAUGUCCAGUCCCCUGGAACAGGCGUUGGCUGUGAUGGUUACUACCUUCCACAAGUACUCUGGCAAGGAGGGUGACAAGUUCAAGUUGAGUAAAGGGGAGAUGAAGGAACUUCUGCACAAGGAGCUGCCCAGCUUUGUAGGGGAGAAGGUAGAUGAGGAAGGUCUGAAGAAGCUGAUAGGCAACCUGGAUGAGAACAGUGACCAGGAAGUGGACUUCCAGGAGUAUGCUGUUUUUCUGGCCCUUGUCACCAUCAUGUGCAACGACUUCUUCCAGGGCUUCCCAGACCGGCCCUGAAGAAGAGCUCUUGGCUCCCUGUCAUGGGUCUCUUGGGCCCAGGAGGACUUUCUAUCCUUUUCAGUUUUGUACCCAAUAAACUUUUUUGUUUGUUGAUAAU